GGAGAGAUAAGAGUUUAAGUUAGCCACGCCCACUAGAGAGAGAGAUUGAAAACAUGUGGCUUGUGUUGUGUAAAGAGACCGAGUCACCCGAACAUCAUCUCCCUCACGCCACUCUCCUACCACUCGGACCAAAAACCAAAACCCGCCACGUCAUUGUAAACUCCUAGUUUCCGUGAGUUAGGGAUCUUUACUUGUAGGAACCAGACAUGACCGCAGAGUCACACAUACACACAAACCAAACCUUGAGAGUUUUUUGUCGCCUCUCAUAUGGAAUCCAUUGUGGGGGCGACACAAACAAAAUAUCUUCUUCUCUUCUUGAUCUUUUAUCAUAAGAUUUUUUUAGCUCCCCCAUCUAUAUAGAAAAAAAAAAGAUUAGAAACUCUUAGAUUUGUUUGAUCUUGAAAGUACUUUGAUUUCAAAAGGGAGAAGAAGAAAGAUGGGAGGAAUGAAAGAUGAGGCGAAAAGGAUAACCAUUCCUCCAUUGUUCCCAAGGGUUCAUCUGAAUGAUACUGGCAAAAAAUCAAUGUCUCUCCGUGAACGUUCCAGUCUCCCUUCUCCUACCAACAAGAUCUCUGAUUCUUCUUCCACUCUCACUCUGUCUCUUCCUCCUCCAGCCAACAACGCCUGUCUCACAAAUUCAACAUCCAAGAUUGAAGAGAAGCUGAAUAAAAAAGGAAUGAUUUAUCCAAGUCCCAGAGGAUCAUCAGUUACUAACACUAAUCCUAGUUCAAUAAAACAAAAUGAGUACCAUUUCAAGAGCCUUGCCAACUUGGAUUCUCUUAAGGUUUCUGUUGUUGGAUACGCACAAGCAGACACAGAUUUGUCAGUACUCCAGUUUUGUAAUAGCAGUAGCAGCAAAGACAGAGGAGAAGCUGCUGGUUCCAAGGCUGCCCUUGAUGAAAGCAAGAAUAAUGUGAUGAAAACUCAGUUGUAUAGAAGAAGAGCUCUUGAUGGAUUCAACGUUAAAACUCAAAAGAAGUCCAAAACUGUGCCUCAGCUUGAACAAGAUGUCUCAGACUGUUCUGCAAUAGACUCCUUGUCUUGUAUGAGUGCAUCUUCUAAUGAUGCUGCAAAAAUGAUUGGUGAGAAAAGGUUUUGGAAGAUGAGAACUUACAUGAUCAAUCAGCAGAAGAUCUUUGCGUCUCAAGUCUUUGAGUUGCAUAGACUGAUAAUGGUUCAAAAGAUGGUUGCUAAGUCACCAAACUUAGUCCUAGAAAGUAAGCUCAAUGGAGGUAAACGUGGAACAAUGAGGUCAUCCCAUACCCAUCUUCUGGAAACGGCUGCUUCAAUGGUUAAAAAAACAAUCACCGAGAAGCACAAACAUGUAACCGAAGAAUAUCCAGAGCAUAUGAAACCAAAGCUUCCUCUACCUUCCAUAAACAAAGACCUCUUGACCCCAAUGUGGCCACAGCAGCUACUACCUCCUCCUGGAAACCAAUGGUUAGUUCCUGUAAUGUCUCCUUCAGAAGGUCUGGUCUAUAAACCAUACACAGGACCAUGUCCUCCUCCUUCUUCAGCUUUCAUGGUUCCAUUCUGUGGACAAGAUUCGCUCAACACAACAACAUUCAGGUUCCCUGUUUCUACUCAGCUUAGCAACAACUACUGCCCUUCCCCUAACGCGAGGACAAACUCGUUUGGUCAGCUUGAAGGAUGGUCCAACACAUCAAGCCACAUGACUCAAGCGAUUCCAUUUUCCUUAAAGAAGUCUCAGGAGUCUAAUGACAGUGAUGUACAUGGAAGUACAGCUUCAAGUCCACCAGAGAAGCAUAAACUUGAUGUUCUUCCUCUUUUCCCUACGGAGCCUACUCACCACACUGAUGAGUACCAGCAGAAGCAGCAACCGAUGGGCCGUGCCAUUAAAGCCAUUCCUCAUAAUUCAACAUCUGCCUCUGAGUCUGCUGCAAGAAUUUUCCGGUCCAUUCAGGAAGAAAGGAGGGACUCAGAUCAUAUGAUUAGUUGAGUUUAGUUUACUUUCCACAUUCUUUUGCUCUCUAUGAUUGCUUCUUUAUCUAGUUUAGGUUUUUCAGUACAUUCUAUUUACAUCUUCAUAUGAUAUGAAGAUGUAAAUCAGUACUGUCACUAUACAUAAAAACAUACACACAUGUUAUAUUGAUAUUGUAUUUUGACAAACAGCAAAUAAAAGACGGAUUGUUUUUGUUCCAUUUAAAUAUCAUUCCAGUUUUGAAGGGUUUUAUUUAUUUCUGGUUAUAUAGUCUUCUUCACAUAGUUGCAUUGCAUCUUGCUUGAGCUUUCUUGUGACCA